UUAUUUUUGUGAUGAAGGAAAAUGAAAGUAUAGACUAAGUCAGUGUUCAGCUCCAGUUCAUAUAGGGAAUGUCCGUUACUUCCUUUAUCACUGUGAAAGUAGCAGAACUAAAACCGUUUUACAGAUUGUUUCACACAGUUGUCGCUUGAUGCAAGAAGAGGUUGGUCUGGCAAGGGUGAAAUGAGCUCCAAUACAUUGAUAGAGGUUUUUGGUCAGAUCGUAUAUCGCCUCACGCACAACGUAACAGAACACUACAACCCAGAAGAGCCUGAAUUCACGACAGAGUCUUUUGGCUACGACCCACUGCUAAGCACAGGUAGAGAAUGGAAUUAUGAACCUGUUGAUGAACUGAUAUACCAAGAGUACAGCGACAGAGAAGCCACAAACUCGAACUUUUUCGCAUAUAACAACAUUAAUGUCCAGGUUAGAAACGCUUUCUUACCAGAAGACAGUGAGGAGACAAGGGAACAGAACGGUAAAGAUGAAGAAAUGGCUCGGAAACGUCUUCGACCAUCCUUUGUACAGACAGUUUGUAAAUCGAUGUAUAUUGGAGCUUUGAUUUCUUUUCUUUCGGCUGUUUUCAUCGCCUUAUUUUACCUGUUGAUCUCUUUUGUAUGUUACAAAACUAUUCUCCACUGUCAAAACUACCCAAAAGAAUUGAUUCCGAUCCGUGUACAAUGGAUGAAAACUAUUUCUGAUGCGAUUUCGUCUUUUUUCUAUUACUUCUGGUUCUUUGGUAUCGCGUUAUUCCUUUUCCGUCCAUUUCAGUUGAAAGGAGUGAGGAAAACAUUGUUCUUGAUUUUGUUUGUCUCGUACUGUUUGGACGCGAGUUAUCGCCUUGUAUUGGUUAAGGUGGGAGUGUGGUAUUAUUUGGCACCAAAAGUCUACCAAACUCCACUUUAUUCGUUUUUCUUUCUAAGCGUUUGCUUACAGCUUUAUGUUUUGGGAAAACAAUUUCGUGCACGACCUAUAAAAAUGCUUCUUGUUCUGAUGUGUAAAAUGUUAUUGCCAUUUUGUUUACCUGUUGUUUUCGGUAUUUUCCUUUCUGAUGUUAUUUAUGGAAUAUACAUAACAAAACCCAUCGAAGGAAAGCUUCUAAUUGCUCUCUUUGCCCCUGUUGUUGCGGUGGUUUUGAAAAUUGUGUCACGACUUUGUGUUCAGCGAUUAAGGAACAUCACUCAUCCGGGAUACUCUUAUGUGUUAUUGGUGCCUCUGUAUUACGGCACAGCGGUUGUCUUGAGAGCUUUGCAAGCAGAUCUGGACGAUCUUCCAUACAUCGCCUUACUUGGAGUCAUUCACGGUGUUGCUGAGGUUGUGGAACGUAGUGUUAUGGUUGUUGUUGAUCACACUUGUACCGUGCUUUGGAAAAGAAAAUUGGCCCCCUGGGGAAGUUUCCGUACUCCUCGCCGCGAAAGACUUAUGGCUGAUAUCGCCAUUAUAAGCAUGUUGUAUGAAUCUACUGCUGUAAUAUCUGUUAACGGAUUGUUUUGCUUGUAUCAAUACGUCUACACAGAAAAUGACUCUAUCAUAAACUUGCUCAAGACAUUCGCAGUUCACACUUCAGUUCAACUGGUAAUUGAGUGGUUUUUUACCAGUGUGUCUCUGGCGAUCGAGACUCGUUAUCAGAAUAUGGCUGUCAUGGCUGUUUGGCGAAGGAGAUGGAAAAGACACAUUUUGGCAGCGCUUGUAAAUACAGUACCACUUGCUGUAUGGAAUAGUGUCUGUAUGUUAAUUAUUUUGCGCGCGUCUUACUCAAACAUAGGGUUUAAACAGCCUUGUAAAAUGCCAUUUUCUUAAGUGCCGACUAGAAAAAAUUUACAGAAAUUGUUAAUGAUCGCCUUGUUACACAUUUCUUUAGUGGGACCAAAAAGGACUGUCGCUAAUUCUUCUCAUAUAACAAGAGCAACAUUGAAGAGAAGGAAGAUAUUACACUCACACGAACGAAACUGAAAUGAAUCAGUAAAGUGAACUUUACUAAUUAAGUUUUUUAGUCGCUCAGUCGAUAGCUCAUUAGGAUUAAAUGAUCAAAAUGCAUGUGUGAGUGUGUAAAGUAGCAGGACCAAUAAAGGGAAUUCUCUCAUGGUUAAAAUUCUGGUGGCCAUUAACAUCGAGAAGAUUUUUUAUGUUAUUAGUUGGUGUAUUUUCAAAACCAAUAAAUCAGUAAAUCGUC